AUAUAUGCAAUGCAUGUGUUGACGUACAUGUGUGAUUGCGUGGUUAGUAUGGUUAGAAGCCUCUCCAGUCGUCACUCUUAGUUAUUCCAGCAUGAUGAAUAUAUCGCAUUGAUUUUAAAUCGUUUUAACGCCGAUGUCACGUUUGCCAAUAAAUAAAUGAAGUCAUUUAAUAUUUGGUAAAAAUCGCGACUCUCGAACAUAUAACGUGAUUUAGUACUUUUUGUGAUAAAAUGUACAUAUACCGUUGUCAAUACCGGUAGUGCAUAGUAGAUACGCCCACAACACGUUAAACGUGUUUAUUUCCACGAAAAUUUCGUGGAUAUUUACCAGAAAAAGGUCUAGCCGAGAGAAGAGGUUAAAAAAGCACUAUUUUUUUAAUCGCUUUGAAUUAAUCGUAAGUAAUGGUCCAUGACACUUGAUAAGACCAUUUACUCCUCUUCAUCUCGUUGUUCGAAUAGAAUACGGCUGACAUACAGUGAGAAUUGAUUUUUUUACAACAUUUACAACACACACGUGUGUAUCUGUUAAAUAAAACAUAACAUAUAAUAAGGAAUGGGAAUUGACAGUAUGAGAGUCGGAGGAGGCCGAUGUCCUCCCCUCGUUCUUGGCGGACUUCUCACUGCUUGUAUAAUGCUUAUUUGCAACUGGUGGAUUUUAUCUUCUGAAAAUAUCGAAUUAGUUAAGCAACUCGACGAAUUUAAUGAACAACUUAGAAUUAGUGCCGAGGAAAGAGAUCAAUGUGUUACACUACGCAAAAAUUUUGAACAGAGAUACAAGAAUGCAGAAAAUGAGGUGGCAUCGCUUCAUGUACAUUUAGAACAACAAGAAGAGUUAAAGAAAAAAAAUGAUGACUUAAAUGAAAAUUUGAAUAUGUGCAAAAAUGAAUUGGAUUCAUUAACCAAGUUAGAUGCUACUAAAACUACAACAUUGGAAACAUUAAGACUUGAAAAAAAAACUGUUAAUUCACAGUUGAAUAUAACAAGAGAUGAAAAUAAAAGGCUGCAGGAAGACAUAGAACAGCUAAAGGAUGAUCUUGAUAAAAUUAAGCUUACAUGCAAUCUAACUCCUGAAAAGAAAGCUCCACCUACCUUACAACCUACAAGAGAAGUAAUUAACAAGAUUCAGUUGGAUCCUGUUCCGGAAUCAGCUAUAAGAAUAUCGUUAGUUGGUCAGCGUGGUUUGAAAUACCAUGGAAUUCCAAUUCUUCCAAAAGAUCCACCUGGCACUGUGCGCCUAAGUCCUCGCUUCUCUGUUACAAUGCUGAAAGAUACUCAAACAAGUCCAAAGAACCACAAGAAUAAUGAUUCAAAUGGAGGCAUAGAGGACAAUGUAGAAGUUGAAAAUAGCAAAGCAGGAAAUAUAGAAACCACGGAUGGCAAUAUAGUAGAAAGUGGAAGAGAUCAACAUACAAAUGGAGGAACCACUGAAGAUUAAUAGCCAAUCAAAAAGUAUUUCACACAGUGAUUAAAAAAAAUAUGUGUCAAACAUUUAUUAAAUAUAAUUGAAUUAUAACUUUUUCCAAAACAAAAAGAGUGUUAAGUACUUUACACAAUUUGUAAUCAUUAGUUUAUAUGUAAUACCAGAAAUUUAAAAGCAAACAAUAUAUUUACAAUCUUUCAUAAUACAAUUAAAUGAAUUAAAAUAUAUAUAUUUUAAGCAAAUAAUAAAAAAUUAUUUCUUUGA